GAAUGUUGUGAAAUAGUUGAAUGAAUCCCAGAUGACCAACAGAUACGGAUUUAUUUUGUAGUUUAUUUUACUGACUGUCUUCAUCUAUGUGGAACAUAACUUUGUACCUCAGUUGUUCAUGACAGUCUUUGAUUUUGGUCGUGACUCUCUGAACAUGCUCCUUGGUGCCACUGCCGGUGCCAGGCCAGUGCCUCACGGAGCAGCGUCUGGUCCCCAGGAGGCCUCUGCGAAGGCGGUGUUCCCUCCUUCCCAGUCGGGGAAGCAGACGCCCCAUGUCUUGGCAAGGUCUGUUCAGGGGGAGCCGUGGCUGGAGCCGAAGUCUGCUGAAUCUGAAAGCCCGUGGGAGCAGUAAGCAGUCAUGACAGGGAACCCCCCGGGGUCGUCAGUGACUUCCUUCCUUCUCUCUUUCUGGGGGUGGGGAGGGGAGAUGAGUGACCAGGUGUGACGUGUGUGCGAUCAUACUUGUCAUGAUGGGUAAACAGCAGAGUGCUGUCUGCGCUGUCACACCUGCAGUCAUCUUAUACCUACUCCCUGUUUCCAGGCUGCAGAUGGAAAAACCACAGGAGGUGUUCUCCACGAGUGAUGGCCGUGUGGGCGAUAUAGUCGUGGAAAAAUUCCUGGUGGAUUGCAGGAAGUCUGCAUCCCACGUUCAGCUUGCCUGCAGUGGGCAGUCCUGUGCUUUCCCCUUGGAUGGAAACAAACUUUGUGUAUGGGACACCAAGGACCCUCCUCACCAGUUGCUAAUCCUAAGAGGACACCACCAGCCAGUCGCUGCUGUGGCAUUUGGAAAUAAAGUGAGUCCGCGUCUGCUCGGUUCUGCAUCGCAUGAUUAUGUCAUAAUGUGGAACCUGGGCAAAGGCAGAGAAUGAGUGCUUCAAGGGCGACCUCCGCGAGGGACCAUCCUCGGCGCCCUUUUGGGAAGGGUGCUGUGUUUAAGGCUUAGUCCCCACGAUCAUGUUGCUGCGGUGGGUGCUGGAAACAGGAUACUCACGCUGGACGUUGAGGUUUGGGACCGUCGUGUGGGAUCAUUCAUGUACAGCUCGUCCGUGUUAACAGCCUCCCCACUCCUGAGCCUCCUCCUGGACCAGAGGAGUCAGCAGCUGGUCGCCGGCCGUGCGGAUGGCCAGGUUCGGAUCUUCAGUUUGGCUGAAGGACACCAUUGUCGCUGUGGGACGCAUGUUGACCUGAGGAAAAAGAGAGAGAGUUUCUCCAGCAGGAGGGUCGAGUCCAAGCCGUGCCGCCGGCCAGAAGACAGUCAGCCUCCUUCCACGAAGGCACUGGACACAGGAGAAGAGGUUGAGGUGACACUUCCUGUCCUGAGCCUGGCGCCUUGUAACUGUGGACUGUAAGUACCGUGAACUCUGCCACGGCCAUCCUGCGUCUGUCUUUCUUCCGGGAAUGCCCACUGCCUGUGGAUUGAAAGCUCCACUGGUUUAUUCAUAUUUAACUUGGCAAACUUUGAAUUGGAGGCCGUUUUACAUGACACGGAUUUCAGGAGCCUCAGCGUUCGAGGUGCGGGCUCGUGGGCCCUGAUGAGCAGCAGCCGUGGUCGCAAGGCCCUCUGCUUGCUCACCUUCUUGUUCAGAAAUGAGGUCGCCCUGGUGGAGGUGGACCCGGCCGCCCUGGUGAGAUCCCAGCAGCGCCCGCGCGCGGGCAGGGCUCUGUCGGUGCUGCCCAGGUACCUCCGUGUCUUAUCGACGUCUCCGCUGUAUCUUGGACUUGUUAAGGAAGAAAGUACUAAGCCAGCUCCUCAGAAACACUCUGCUGCUCGGAGCGCCAUAAAGGACCGCCCGCUGGUUUUCCACAGUAAAGUCCGGUCGUCGGGCUACACGGCUGCCCCGCAUGUAACUAUGUUUUCACCAAAGACUAAUUUCAAGAAUGACGGUAAAAGAUCUUCAAAAUGCAAGAACAAUUACAGAUGUAAAGAGUACCCUUUGGAGAGUCCUCUGCCAAGCAAGCUCAGCAAGCAGCUUGCUGUGGCUCACGACCAAGCUGCCGUGCUCUGUGUUCAGUAUUCAGGAGGUGGACAGCGGCUGGCCUGUGGCUUAGCCAACCACUUGUCCCUGGUCUUCAAUGCCGAUCUGGCUGGGACACCUGCUGUUUUUUCAGGGGUCAUCAUUCACCACCCAGCAAUCCCAGGUUUAUAAUCUUUUUGCAACCACAGCCAUUGGUGAUGGGGUAAAACUCUGGGACCUGAGAACUUUGAGGUAAGUCUCCUUCUGCUUUUCAGAAGGAGUGAAGGGGUGAGUCUAGACAGACCAUAUAAAAUACAUUUUUAUUAAAGCUCAUGAUAAACUUAACUUGAUCCCGUUUUUCCAACUAUGACAAGGUUGAGGUGAAUCUGUUCACACUGACCAAUCUAAGAAAAGUCUGAUUUAUACACAGAGAAGGUCACAUAAUUUGGAAUAAUAAAAAGCAAGUGCUGGUCUUUCCUCUGCUCUGUGUGACCCCUGAGUGUUGGAAAUGCACAGGGAGGAAGUCGAUCACUUAGCUGUUAGACUACAGUGAUGCAGACACGUAACAGUGAGAUGUGUAUGUAUAUAUGCAUACAAAUUACAUAUACACACAGUGAUACGUUCAUAUAACAGUGAGGCAUGUGUGUGUGUAUAUGAAAUAUACAUAUAUACACAGUGAUCAUAUAUUAUGUAGACAUAAUUCUAUCCUUUGAAAGUGUUCUGAUAGUCGUAUUAUGGCAGAGAGUCACUAACUAUAUAAUGCAUCUAACAAAAACAGAAUCAACACUUACAUCUGUUCACAUAUUUGUGUGUGUGCGUGUGUAUAUUCACAAGGACAACAUUAGCAGAUUGUCUCUGCUUUCCUCUUCAAUCACUAAACAAGUAUAAAACCCCUGU